AGAAUUUAUCCUUGGUUGUAGGGUAAGGAAGUGACUAAGGAAGAUGAGCUUUCAAAGAAUCACCCUCUAAUUUACACCCUUAAUGAGGAGUCACCCAAAUUGCACUGCCAUUGACUCCUUGUCUGGGCAGAAUGUCUGAGGGUAACAUGGAGCAUGGAAAGGUGCCUGGAAAUGCAGUGGCUAGGUUGCAGCCUGCAAGAGGGAAUAACUUAAGCAUGAUGGACAAAAAAUUGAAUCUUUUGAAUGAAAAGGUAGAUAAAUUAUUGAGUUUCCAAGAAGACUUGAAUGGCAAGCUACAAAAGGUGAACCGAGGCAUUGAUGACAUAGGAAAGAACAUUGAUAAGUUAACAGCAUCCCAAGCAUCCAGUGCUCAGACUGAUACAACAAAAAGAGGCCUAAAACCUGGAGACAGUAUUCACCCAUCUGAGACCGAAAAUGCGUGCUCAGAAAUGUUGAAGCUGAUGAGAGCUACACAGCAAGAUGCCUUGAAGCACAGGGAGAGGCUGGAUAAGAUAGAAAAAAUGGUUGAUACUGUGGAUAAAGUCAUUACAUUUGUGGGAGAGACAUUCAAAAAUUCUAAAGUAGUGGAUUUCAUUCUGAGAGGCAUUGUACCCUGGAAGAAAGAGAAUCUGGUUGAAAUCCUAAUGGAGACUAAAGAUAAACCUGAAGAGAAGGGUGCAAAACCAAAGCAUGUACCUAGCAACAGAGGAGUCCAGGCCGAAAGCAAGGAGUCUUUGGAAGAGCCCACAGGAGAAGAAAAGUUGGAUGAAAAUAAUGGGACAUGUGAAAAAGUAAACUCUUUCAAUGCUGUAGUCUCCAAAGUUGACUCCAGUCCACAAGUUAAAGAAAGGACAACACAGCUGCAAACAACAGCAGGUUCUGGCAAAACAAAUAGCUCUAAGAAUUGUCAACCACAAAAAGACACUGUAAUUGCAGCUUUGAUUCCAAACCAUGGUCUUCCCUUCAUAAAUCAUGGCCCCAUGGGGAACAAGAAUGUUAUUGCUGAAGGAAUUGAUAAGGACAGAGCACCAGGACUGGAAGAACACUGCAGAAAGCCUAUUAAUCAGAAAUCAAAAGAAAGUGAAAACAAAGCCUCUACACUCAGUGCUAUGUCCAUGGAAGCCGUGCCAUCCACAUCAAAGUCUGUAUCCAGAGCAGGGUGUGAAGUGAUACGUACAAGGAUUUCCAUCAAUGUGCAGAUGACUGACACCCAAGAAAAGUUUCCAGUGGCCAAGGAAGGAAGCACUGGUGGUCACGGAGGUACAAGUUCCAAAGUAAAAUCCCCUUUCUCCUCACCGCUGGAAGUUGAAGGUGUUAAACAUCUGACUGACAAAUUUAAACAGAAUCCAUGCCCCCCAAACACCAGAACUGACCCAAUUCAAGAAGUAAAAGGGGUGAAGCUUACUAAUAAACACAAUGAACAGGAACCCAAAUUAGGGAAGCCACAGAUGCUAUUGAACAAAGUCUCAAUAGAUAAAAAGCCCCUAGAGAAAUCAGAGCUAAAGUGCAAGUCCAUAUCCUCUCAAAGCACAACUGAAAACUAUACUAAAAAAGAUCUUGGGGCCAAAAUGAAAAGCCAUAAAGAAGAAACAAAGACAAUGAAAGAAUCCACAAAGGAUGCUAGAGCUGAAUUAGAAUUAGAAUGUGUGGAAUUAGAAAGCACAUACGCAGGACAAAAAGAAGACAAUGCAAAUCAAUGUACAGGAGAGGCCCCAGAAAACACUACAUCAGUAGGAGCCAGCAAAGCAUUUGGCAAGCAGGAUGAAGGAAUCAUUGAUGACAGCCCUCCUCCUCCUGCUCCCUUUGAACAUCGGGUAGUGAGUGUCAAACAAACAGAGAUAACAACGUGCUACUCAGUGUGCCGGCAUGAAGUAUUAGGAGGGGGGCGUUUUGGUCAUGUUCACAAGUGCACAGAGGUGUCAACUGGUCUUAAUCUGGCAGCCAAAAUAAUAAAAGUGAAAGGAGCAAAGGAGAGGGAGGAAGUGAAAAAUGAAAUAAACAUCAUGAACCAGUUAAAUCAUGUGAAUCUGAUCCAGCUUUAUGAUGCUUUUGAAUGCAAGAACAACCUCACCUUGAUCAUGGAAUAUGUUGAUGGUGGUGAAUUAUUUGACCGAAUCACAGAUGAAAACUACCAUCUAACUGAGUUGGAUUCAAUCCUUUUUACCAAACAAAUAUGUGAAGGAGUCCACUACAUACAUCAGCAGUAUAUUCUCCAUUUAGACCUGAAGCCUGAAAACAUAUUGUGUAUAAAUCGCACAGGAAACCAGAUUAAAAUUAUUGACUUUGGUUUAGCAAGGAGGUACAAACCUCGUGAGAAGCUGAAAGUUAAUUUUGGCACUCCUGAAUUCCUGGCUCCCGAAGUGGUGAACUAUGACUUUGUUUCGUUCCCAACUGACAUGUGGAGUGUAGGCGUCAUCACGUACAUGCUGCUCAGUGGCUUAUCGCCAUUCCUAGGAGAAACGGAUGCAGAGACAAUGAAUUACAUAGUGAACUGCAGCUGGGAUUUUGAUGCAGAAGCAUUUGAACAACUCUCAGAAGAGGCAAAAGACUUUAUUUCCAAACUCCUUGUGAAGGAGAAGAGUUGCAGGAUGAGCGCAGCACAGUGUCUGAAACACGAGUGGCUAAAUGAUCUGCCUGGCAAAGCCAAGAAAUCCAAGCUUUGCCUGAAGUCCCAGUUGCUGCUACGGAGUUACAUGGCUCAUAGAAAAUGGAAGAAACAUUUCUACGUGGUUGCUGCUGCCAAUCGGCUGAGAAGGUUUCCGAGCAUGUCUGUCAACCUUGCGUAAGCUGCUGUGGAAGAGCUAUAGGCCUUAGAGCUAGAGAUGAAGCAGAGAGAAAAGGACUGGAUGCUUCUCUCUCUUCCCCCACCACUUUUGCCAUCCUCAUGUUAUGUAUCAUGCGAGUGCUUAGGUACCAGAACUGCCUCCGAGCACAACAACAUAGAAUGAAUUUUACUAAUCUUUAUAACGGGUUUCCAUAGUUCUGUUUUACAAGCUCUCAGCUACUGGAUAUAGUGAUACAUAAAUAUUCAUGAUAUAGCUCCACUCAUAGCUAUGAUGAUAUGCUCAUAAUUAGCAGUUAAGUUCCUUGAGUGGGAUCCAUUUCGUUUGGAAGUCUUUGAUUAUUUAUAUGGCUCCAAAGGGUGGAGUAUAGCAGCAAGCACCUGCUCAGCAGCAGUGGAUACCUUAAGACUUUCUAUGUUAAUGAGGUGCUGUACUAUCACUUUUAGGGCAUUGCAACAGUGGUGAUAGAUUUGGAGGGAUAAUAGUGCUAUAGUUUCCCCAAAGAAAAUUUUUACUUUUUUUUCUGUCUCUUCCCCCCCACCCACGGCUUUUUUUUUUUUUUUGCACAGAAGCAUCACAAUAAUGCAUGGCAAACUAGUCAGAGUAGAAAGAAAAAGUGUCUUCCACAUUAUCCUUUAAUACAAAAUCCACUGCUUUCAGAGAUAUUUAAAACCUGGCACAAGUUAAGACAGAUUGUCCCCUACCGCUCUAUUUUUAUAAUGGGUCAAACUGAUUAAAUAGCUCUUUAGGUUGGUAUGAAUCUAGGUUCAGCUGCCACAAAUGAAAAACAAUUGGGAUGACAAUCUGGUGGAUGCAAUACUGUGCAGUUAGGUGUCUCCACCUCCCCAGGAACAGAGGUUUUCUAAGUUGAUAGUUGAGUUCAACACUUCUGCCAAAUACCAUGAACUGUAACAGACAAGCUACUGCUUUGUAACAGAUGAACUGGUUUUUGUUUCUGUUCAGCUGCUGGGGAGGGGAGGGACGGAGGAGGAAGGAUCAGUGAAUUGCCAGCCUUUGACUCUCUUUCAGUCACAUGGAAACUGUUGCCCUUUUUCUGAUUGUUUAAAAACAAAAAUUAAUUGGUAUUGUGAAGAAAAAGGUUAAUGUCAAGAACCAGUUUUUUUUUCCUGAUGCUUAUAAAGCUGGAGGCACCCCAUCUAACAUAAGCCCAGUAUCAGUUGUGUUUCCUUAGUGUUUAUCAGGCACUUUUGUAGAGGUGGCUGGCAUGCUGUUUCCUUUGUGGCUAAUCUAGAGGCUGCACCACUCUAUGUGAGCUGAUUAAAAUAAUUUAUCACUAACAGUAGCAGCUUAAGACUGCACAUUAAGCCUACUCAAAUCACAAUUUUACUCCCAUUAACUCAUAGCCCUUCAAUUGCCUAAGGUGGUUGUUGCUACUAGCCCUCAUCAAGACCUUAAAAAUUGCUUACCCUAGUUUAACGUUAAGCUUGUCUAGCUUUUCAGUUCAGUUCUAGACGUCUCCCUUCACGGCCAGAUGGACUGGACUUGUACAGCACUUUUGGCAUUAUGUCAGAGGGCACCAAAAGUUACAUGAAAAAAUCCUGACAAGGGAUCACCUUCUAUGAAGGCCCAAACUUGUUCACAUUUCCCCUCCCCGGUGACACUGCAUGGUAAACAGUUAUUGUUAGUAUGCCUAGUUAUGAAAGUAACACUAAUAAAUCUCAGUAAAAAUGUAACUGGCCUAUUUCUCUUGAGUCUGAAAU